AUGCUGCAUAUAUUUCGGGUGUUGCUGACUCAGCUAGAUUCCGGUUAUCUUUCAAACAAGAAACCGUGUAUGGUUUUGUUUAUUGCGUGGUUAGUCGUAGCGAAGUCCUACUAUGAUGCAAAACCGACUUUCAAAAGAUGGGGACGUAUUGGACGAAUAAUUGCGAAUGUUGACGAAUAUUCGAAGAUUCUCUCUCGUGAAGUUAUAGCAAGCGAUGAGCGAUUUUUGAAUUUCACAAACUUGUUAGCGAAAAGGGACCGGCCUCCUUAUCUACUCUAUAUUGAUGAAGGAUACUUCGAUGUGACACUGAACCAUCUGUGUAAUCUGGAGUAUAUGCGUGGUUCCACUCAGAGGUUGGCUGUGGUUUCGUUUGAUCCCGAAAUGGAGAAAAAACUGAAUACCUUGCGCCCGAGCAUCCCAACAGUUACUCUUGAUUUUUCGGUGGUGAAGAAAUCUCUCCCGAAAAACCUCGAAAAUCGGAGCUAUGUCAUCUAUCAGCUUGUCCUGAUGCUAAGAUCACACAUCGCUUCUAUUCUUUCCAGCCGAGGAAUAAGUUUUUGGUCAAUGCAGCAGGACUCGAUAUGGACUGAAAAUUUCGUCUCGAUGAACGUGGAACAACAUUACCCGAAUUCGCUGCUAAUAUUUGAUACUGUCGGGAAUGAUCAAUUUUCUAAAUACGAUAGGCUAAUGCACGGUUGGAUAUGCGGAUCUACGUUCUUUGUGCGAGCUAGCCCAGUCACGGUGGAAUUUUUUAAGAAGCGAUGCGAAGUGAACUGGACGGGCGAAAGAACUAAAAAGAAGCAUUGUAAGCGAACGAGCUACAGACUAAUCCAGUGUCAAGGUGGCACUAAUGAUGACUCGUCGACAGUCUCCGGAUUCAUCGAUUAUGACCUACCUGUGCGGUGCACCACAUUACCAGUGCGCCAAAAUGCCUCGAUGGUUCGUUCUAUCGGUUUAUUUACUCUGUCGUGGUUGGUUUCGUCCUCAAAUUUCUUCAUGGGUAAUAGAAAUGUGACGCCUGUCGUGAUACAGGUAGAUCAUAAAUCGGAGCUAUCAAAAAUGGAACUGUUCAGAAAAGAAGGUUUUGUAUUCAUUAAUGAUGACCACACGUGUAAUGCGACAGCCGUUAUUCGUAUCAAGGAGACCGUUACUGUUGCACUUGACGAAGUUCGGGCAAACCCGACUGAACAAGAUGAAGUGUCAUUCUUCACCCACAUCCUCUGGUGUCUUCAUCGUUGGAUCGGACUAGAUCCAUACUAUAACAGGCGUUUCUUACGUGUACAUGAAGGAAUAGUUUAA